AUGUUCUCAAAAUUGCCUACUGAAUGUCUUUUGGAGAUAUUAAAAACGCUAAACUCACAUCAUAAUUUAUAUCAAUGUAUCUUGGUAAACCGAGCAUGGUGCAAUGCUGCCAUACCACUAAUCUGGAGUGAUCCUUGGAAACAUGUUUACGAAUAUUAUGAUGAAGAAGAGGAGGAUGAGGAGGAUCUAUCGGAAUUGCUACUUUCAACAUUUAUUUCAUGUUUGUCAGAAGAAGACCGUAACGUUUUAGUUGAUUCCGGAGUAAUUUUAAUGGAUUGGAUGAAAAAAGGAACGUGCUUUGAUUACCCGGCCUUUUUAAGACAUCUCAACUUUAACGAUAUUAGUUAUGGCGUUAAAAGAUUCAUUUCGAGAAACGUUGGAAAAUAUGAUUUGAACUUGACCAAUUUUCUCAUUGAGAGAAUUGGGAGUUUGUCCGUAAAAAAAGUUAAAAGGCUUGAUUUUCUUGGAUUUAUUGAUCGGUUUAAUCGAAUCACUCCUCAUAUCGAUUAUUCAUCUUUUAUGUUAAAGAUUUUGCCUGAGGCGACAAUCGCUCUCGGAUACGUUAGAAAAUUCGUCCUUAAAGGAGAUAUAAAACCUGAAUUCUUUUAUGAUUUAGCAAAUCGUUGUAGAUCGAUUGAAGAUUUGGAAAUCCACGAUAUCUUUAAGGAUAAUGACGGUUUGGCAUAUCUUAUACGUUCUCAGAAAUCUUUACGCAGUUUCUAUCUAGAAGCUACAAACAAGAAGAAAACCUUUGAAAUUACUAGUAUUCAAAAUGCUUUUAUAGGUAUUGACUCAUUGAUUUGCCUUCGAAUGAAGGACAAAUUAUUACCGUUAAAAUUAUUUCUAAAUUGUACUGGAUUACAAAAAUUACAUUUGGAUUCAAUAAAAGAUGAUGUUCAGGAUAUGGAGGAAUUUGUUAAUCAUGUUUUUCCGGAACUAAAAAACUUGCGAAUUCGUGUUAAAAAUAUUUCAAUUAAUCACAUCUCUUUAUUAAUCAAUAAUACGCGAGGACAUAUAGAUGAACUUUGUAUCUAUGGGAAGGUUAAAGACCUAGAAAAUGCUUUUAAGUUCCGUGACUCGCUUGACAAGAAGUGCACGAAUUUAUGCACUUUAAGUCUUGCUUUCCAACAUAUAGAAAAUUUCAUUCCAUCAUUGCCAAUCCUUUUUAAAACCUUUAAAUAUCUUAAAUAUCUUGAUUUGAUGUUGUCCGUUUCCGAAAAUCAACGUAACAUUGGGGAAGAUUUGGUUGAAAUCGCUCCGCAUAUCCAAAAACAACUAGAUUAUAUUCAUUUUCCGAAAAACUGGUAUUGUGAUGAGGAGUCACGGAAGAAAUUUUUUAAUAUUUUAGACAGAAAUGAUUUAGAUAUUAUGAUGCGUUAG